AUGAACCUGCGGUGCGUUCGCCCCCGGCCGGGAGGGGCGUGCGGGCUGCGGCCGCUGCUGAGCAGGUUUGCGUGUUUCUGCUUUCGGCCGAAGGAGCUCGAGCAGCUGGCGAAGGAGCAGGAUAAGGAGUCGGAGAAACAAGCCUUACUGCGGGAGGUGGAGAACCAUAAGAAGCAAAUGCUCAGCAAUCAGGCAGCUUGGAGGAAGGCGAAUCUGGCUUGCAAGCUGGCUAUCGACAACUCUGAGAAAGAUCAGCUGCUGCAGGGAAGAGACUCCUUGAGACAAAGGAAGACUACAAAGGAGAGCCUGGCAGAGAGUGCAAGUAACAUCACAGAGAGUCUGAUGGGCAUUAGCAGAAUGAUGUCACAGCAAGUGCAGCAGAGCGAGGAGACGGUGCAGACCCUAGCCAAUUCUUCACGAACCAUCCUGGAAGCAAAUGAAGAAUUUAAGUCCAUGUCUGGGACAAUUCAGCUGGGGCGAAAGCUAAUAACAAAGUACAAUCGCAGGGAACUGACGGACAAGCUGCUAAUCUUUCUCGCUCUUGCCUUAUUCCUGGCCACGGUGCUCUAUAUUUUGAAAAAAAGACUCUUUCCAUUUUUGUAAAAUUCCAAGGCUAAACUGAACUAUUACAAAAGAUCAGAAAGAGAUGGCAUAAUAACGGGAGGGCUUUUAAAUAAAAUAAUAAAGGGAUAUUGCAAUAGCUGAAAGAGCAUUAGAGCAGGCAUGACUUUAUACUGUCCCCCUGAAGCAUGCGACCUGCCUAAGAAGAGCUUGAA